UGCAGUCCGAAACAGCGGGACAGCGUGUGAACCACCAUCCUCUCCCACUCCCGUCCAGGAGCACAACUAAAGCGCGCAGAGCGGAUGAAGUAUGGACACUAACGCGCUGUAGUUUCCUACGGACUGGCACUUAAAUCCACUUCUUUUUUUUUUAAAUGCCUUUAGAGUUUUUGUUUUUUUCCAGUGGACGGGAAAUUGUCAGUAGUGCCAUUGCUGUGAGAAUCGGCGCGCUCAGAUGGCGGGGCCACAGCCGGGAGUUCAUGCGCUCCAGCUCAAGCCUGUGGCCGUACCGGAGAGUUUGAGGAAAGGGAACAAAUUCAUGAAAUGGGAGGAUGACUCUACCACCGUGACUCCUGUGACACUAAGGGUUGACCCUAAAGGCUUCUUCUUGUACUGGACUGAUCAGAAUAAGGAGACAGACCUUCUGGACAUUGCUUAUAUCAAGGAUGCUAGAACUGGGAAAUACUCCAGGACACCUAAGGAUGCUAAAGUGCGGGAGCAGCUGGGUUUGGCUGGUGUGUCAGGAAGGAUUGAGAACAGAAUGCUGACAGUGGUGACUGGUCCAGAUAUGGUAAACAUCACCUUCCUGAACUUCAUGUCCUUCCAAGAUGAGGUGGCUAAGGAGUGGUCAGAUGAGCUCUUCGGCUUGGCCUCCAACCUCCUGAUCCAAAACGUGUCCCGGGAGUCCUGUCUAGAAAAAGUGUAUACUAGAUUAGUGCUGCAGCUCACGCCUGAGGGUUCCAUCCCGGUCAAGAAUAUCUUCCGUGUGUUUUCGGCAGACAGGAAGCGGGUCGAGAAUGCGCUGGAGAUCUGCGGUCUUCCAUCCGGCAGAAAUGACUCGAUCCCCCAGGACCAGUUCACUCCAGAUAUAUUCAGAGUGUUCCUCAAUAACAUUUGUCCCCGGAAGGACAUCGAUACCAUCUUCUCAGAAAUUGGCGCUAAGAGCAGGCCAUACCUCACAGUAGAUCAGAUGACAGACUUCAUCAACAACAAGCAGCGGGACCCUCGGCUGAACGAGAUUCUGUACCCACCGCUGAAGCCUGAGCAAGUGCAGGCGUUGGUGGAGAAGUAUGAACCUGACACUAUGCUCUGUCAAAGAGGGCAGAUCUCUGUAGAGGGUUUCGCCAGGUAUCUAAAUGGAGAAGAGAACAGCAUCAUUCCUCCUGAGAAAUUGGACCGAAGUGAGGACAUGACAUUUCCUUUGUCCCACUAUUUUAUUAACUCCUCCCACAACACCUACCUCACAGCGGGGCAGUUGGCGGGAAACUCUUCAGUGGAGAUGUACAGGCAGGUGUUGCUGUCAGGAUGCCGCUGUGUUGAGCUGGAUUGCUGGAAGGGACGCACAGCUGAAGAGGAGCCCAUCAUUACCCACGGCUUCACCAUGACCACUGAGAUCUCCUUUAAGGAAGUGAUUGAGGCCAUUGCUGAGAGUGCUUUCAAGACAUCCCCUUUUCCUGUCAUCCUUUCAUUUGAGAACCAUGUGGACUCCCCCAAGCAGCAAGCUAAGAUGGCUGAGUACUGCAGAUCAAUAUUUGGAGAUGCUCUGCUUACAGAGCCACUGGAGAAAUACGCACUGGAAGCGGGAAGCCCUUUGCCCAGUCCCAUCGACCUCUUAGGAAAAAUUCUCAUCAAGAACAAGAAGAAUUCCCACAAGGGCAAUGGCAGCACAAAGAAGAAGCUCUGUGAGCAGACCUCUAAUACGUACAGCGAUACAUCCAGUGUGUGUGAGCCAUCCUCUCCAAGUGCAGGCUCCACGAAUCAUGACAUGCCAGACUCCAGCCAGCCAAGCUCAGAGACGGGCAGUGACAGCAGGCUACAGGGAAGAAAAUAUAUUGGUGAGGUUGAUGGAGAAAGCGAGGAUGAGGAUGAGGAUGAUGACGACUGUAAAAAGUCCAUGGAUGAGGGGACAGCAGGAAGUGAAGCAUUUGCCACUGAGGAGAUGUCCAACUUAGUCAACUAUAUCCAGCCAGUCAAGUUCACGUCAUUUGAAGCAUCUAAAAAGUCAAAUAAAAGUUAUCACAUGUCCUCAUUCGUGGAGACAAAGGCAUUAGAGCAGCUGACGAAGGCUCCAGUGGAGUUCGUGGAGUAUAACAAACUCCAGCUUAGUCGAAUCUACCCCAAAGGUACAAGAGUGGAUUCCUCCAACUACAUGCCUCAGGUGUUCUGGAAUGCUGGAUGUCAGCUGGUGGCAUUGAACUUCCAGACAAUAGAUCUGGCCAUGCAACUGAACCUUGGCAUGUAUGAAUACAACGGAAAAUGUGGCUACAGGUUAAAGCCUGAGUUUAUGAGGAGACCUGAUAAAAAUUUUGACCCCUUCGCUGAAAGCACAGUGGAUGGGAUUGUAGCGCACACACUUUCAGUAAAGAUCAUAUCAGGACAGUUCCUGUCCGAUAAAAGGGUUGGCACGUAUGUGGAGGUGGAAAUGUUUGGCCUCCCAGUGGACACAAAAAGGAAAGCAUUUCGGACAAAAACAUCCCCAGGCAAUGCUGUUAACCCUGUUUGGGAUGAGGAGCCCAUCGUCUUUAAGAAGGUGGUUCUUCCCACUCUUGCGUCUUUGAGAAUAGCCGUCUACGAGGACAGCGGGAAGAUUAUUGGCCAUCGCAUCAUCCCGGUGAACGCCAUCAGGCCUGGUUACCAUUACAUUGGGCUGAGAAGUGAGAAGAACCAGACACUAACACUACCUGCUGUUUUUGUCUACACUGAAGUCAAAGACUACGUCCCUGACACUUUUGCAGAUGUGAUCGAGGCGCUGUCAAAUCCUAUCCGCUACAUAAACCUGAUGGAGCAGAGAGCCAGUCAGCUUGCAGCUCUCACCCUGGAAGAGGGAGGACAGGAGGUUAAUAACAAAGAGAUAGAUGCAUGCAGGGAGCUUGUGUCAGAGUCGAACAGCGAGACUCAGCGUCCUCCAGCUGAAAAUGGAACGAGCCAUACUCCUCUCAUCUCCCCCAAACCGCCUUCAGUCGUCAGCCAUCAUGCCCACUCCACAGGAUCUGUGAAACCAGUUGUUAGGACUGAAGAUGUGAUUCAGAGUGUUUUGACAGAGAUGGAAGCUCAGACACUGGAGGACCUGAAGCAGCAGAAGGCAUUUGUUCGGGAGCAGAAGAAACAGUAUAAAGAGCUGAAGGAGCUGGUAAAGAGGCAUCAUAAGAAAACCACAGACAUGAUCAAAGAGCACACAGCCAGACAAAGUGAGCUGCAGGGCGAAUAUCAUCGCCGGCAAUCCGCCCUGCAGAAGAGCGCUAAACGAGAUGGUAAGAAAAGAUUAGGUUCGGAGCAAGCCAUGUCUGCUGUGGCUACGGAGCUGGCUGCUUUGGAGGAGGAGAACACACACAGAAUGAGCGAGCUGAAGGAACAACAACAGCAUCAGCUGCUAACUCUCAGACAAGACCAGUACUACAGUGAACAGUACCUCAAAGGCAAACACAUCAAACAGCUAGUUGAGAAGCUGACCUUUGUAGCUGAAGAAUGUCAAAGUAACCAGCUGAAGAAACUUAAGGAGCUGUGUGAGAAAGAAAAGAAAGAGUUGAAAAAGAGGAUGGACAAGAAGAGGCAAGAGAGGAUACAUGAGGCUAAAUCAAGAGAGAAAAAUCUAACAGAAGAAGAGAAGUUAGAAAUCAACAGGUCACAUGUAAAUGAAGUUGUACAGUAUAUAAAAAGGCUGGAAGAUGCUCAAAGCAAAAGACACGAGAAGUUGAUUGAGGCGCACAAACUCAUUCGGCAGCAAAUCUUGGAGGAGAAGCCGAAGCUUCAAAACGAGCUGGACCAGGAAUACCAGGACAAGUUCCGACGACUCCCAGUGGAGAUCCAAGAGUUCGUACAGGAAAGUGCUAAAGGCAAGCUAAGUAAUGAAUUGGAAUCGAGCUGCCUUAGCACCUCAUCCACAGCCGAAAACCUGAACCACAACUCAGGCCAGUCAGAGGAGGACGCAGAUGAGGAUUCUGCAGAGAAGGUGUUCGACACUCCUUUCUGAACUGCACAGGAGAUAAACAUCAGCAUAUGUAAAGAUUUUGGAACAUCUGUGUUCCUGGUGUUGGCUCUCAUUUGUCUGAUAACUUCUACCAGUCUAUUGAAAUUUCUCUUUGCCAUUCAGUUGUUACGCAGAUAGAGCUUAACUGUUUACUGAUUAUGUAUAGUAAGUAUAGUAAGAUGUGUGCGACAGAAUGUUGAGAUGUUAUACUUGAACAACGACAAGAAUACUUCUGGUUUCUUUAUGACGUUAAGAUUUUAAUUUGUACAUUGUUGCAGUAAACUGACAAAUUUGAUGAUGCUGCUGUUUGGGUUUGGUUAAGCACUAGGGAUUAUGUUGAAAUUUUCAUUAAUAAUGAACCCCAGCCGGGGCAGUUCUUUGUAAAGCAAGUAAUGCUGUAUAAACAGCUUUAAACACUAAAAGCUUCAAGAUCUCUGUCCCAUAUUCACCACUACAAUAUCUGCUACUGUUUCUUUUAAAUUAGCACAAAUUACCACAAGCCUAUUUUUUUUUUUUUAAUAAAAGGUUAAAUAUUUUAUUGUUUUUUUUUUCUUUUAUCUUUUUAUACCUACACAUAGUCCAGGAACACUUCAAAUUAAUGUAACCCAAGGAAUGUCAGGUCAGUUGCAUGUUUUUCUACACUUGUAUAUGUUAAAAAUUUAGCACGUAGGUGGAAAAAAGUGCAUAUUCAUAAAUGUAAAUAUGAUUUUAAAAAAAGACAGUUAUACAGAAAAUUUGUUUGCAGCCUUAGAGGCUGCGCUGUUUAAGUCUUUGUUUUGUUUCAGUUGUUUCAUAAUUUUAAGUGCAAUGUAAAUAUUUCUUAAACAUUAUGCUGUUGUGUCUGCCUUCUCUAUUCUACUUUAAUGUAUAGAUAUGUAUCAAGGUCUUGGGUCUAGCUGUCUAUGUCUGAUCAAGCAAGUAUGUAUAUACACCAAUCAGCCAUACAUUAUAACUGGUGAACAACAUUUUUCACCAACUGUACACCAGUAUACUGGUGACAGGAUUAAGCAAAGCUCACUCAAGCCUGCGGGGACCUAAUGCCAACCAAUCCGAUAUCAUAGAAAGGUCAAUCUGUCCAUGCUGGCCAUGAUAGAAAGGCAUAAGAACACCCAGUGCACCACAGACUGCCAGAGCCUAGCACAAGGCCCAGCCUCAAAAAAUCCCAAGCCAAUCAAGCAUCCAACAAAAAAAUAUAUAAUCCACAGAAGCCUCACCCUCAACUCAAACACCCAAAGGAUCCGGUGCCAGUGACCUGGUGCCAACCAGCACAGCACACCCCCUGAAGCCCUGCUGAGCCAUGCCCUGACAGACCAGAGGCACCUUGAUGGCACAAGGGGGACCCAAACCUUGGUGAGUUUAAUGUUAGUGUUCUUAAUGUUAUGGCUGAUUGGUGUAUACAGUGGCAGGUGUAUGACUGUAGCUAUAGGAAAAUUGGAAAUAUUCAAAAAGCACAAAGGUUACUGCUAAAUGGUAGAGGGAGUAAGUUGUGAUGAUUUGUAUUUACAGUGCUUUGGGAAAUCCCAGAUCACCUUCACAAGCAUGGAAAAUAUAGCAUAUGAAAAAAAUAAACUAAAUAAAACAAAAACAGUCCCCUUUCUUGGUAAAAUGUUUGUGCCAAACAACAAAAAAGAAAUAAAAUCACAAAUUCAUGCGUUUCACUAAAUUACCUUUUGACUAAAUUUUGCUGUCUUACAAACACAUUUGUUACUUAUUAUUCUUAUUAUUAACAAUAUUUUCCACUGAAUAUUCUUAUUAUGUAAAUUGUAAUCAGUUCUGUUUUUAUAGUCACUGUUUUUAUGUAAAAGCAAUUAUUGCAAAACACAUACAUGCUGUGAUAACCACAGAACAGUCUCCUGUACAAAAUACAUUGUACAUUUUUCAGUAUAGGGUGAUCAGUUAUUUAAAUGCCCUUUUAACUUACAUACUGAAAAAAAUGUUUUAAACUAAAAAUUUGUGCAAGCUGUAUAUUAAAAUUAUUUUUAUGGCAUGUUGAUUUGUUAAACCCCAAAUCAACAAUACCAAUGUAACUGUGUCCACAUUGGGUCAAGCACAGUUGGAACAUUUUAAAAAUGAAAUCAUUACUGUUGCAACACAAAUUAUUAUUAUUGUUAUUGCAAAACACUGAUGUAGUCAGUUUAUGAGAAACUAACCCAAAUACAAGGUUGAUCCGGUCUAACCUUAUCCCUAACUCUAAGCUUAACCGUUGCACCUAGUCAUGUGACUAGUCAAGUACAUUGUUGUGGAUUUGAUUUGUAUGUUCAAAGUACACCUGAUGACAAAUAUGCAAUGAUAGAAAUGUCCUUCAAGUGGUUAUUCGGUCUUUAUAAGUAGAGAUUAUUUGGCACAAUUCUUCUCACUCUAGCUAAUGUUUUAACUAACUGUUUGUUCAGUUUCUUGAUAGGUAGAUAAAAUCACGAAAUAAAUUCGUCUGUAUCAGUGCUUGAAUUCCCAAAACAAAAUGACACAUGCUCUGUAGUGUAUGAUUGUUACACUUUGCCCAGUAAAAGUGUUUGCCUAAACUACUGUACAACAUGUUUAUAACCUGUAGUGCCGCAAAAAAAACGUAACAUUUGGAAUGUUUAUUAGACUUGAAAUAACUUAAUGAGUGUAUAAUGUAAUGAUUUUUUUCGUACAUUUGAGGGAUUAUUGCCAUGAUGUAAGUUCUGUGCCUUUCUAUAUGUUUGCCUUGUUAAAUGUUUGAAAUGCAUUAUGUAGAAUGUCGAUAUAUGUUGUAUGUUUGUAUGUCAACUGUUAAAUAGAUUAUGUGCACUUUUAGUACCAUAACACUACUGAGUAAAGUUUAUGACUAGCAGUAUUACAGAGGAAUGUUCUAUAAAUAAUAUGAUGGAUUUUUUUUUUUUAACUUCACUACCUGUUUCUCGUCUUAGAAAUAACGGUACUGGAUAUAUUGUAUGUAUUAUGCAUUUUAAAAUGUGAGCAGAAAAAAAAAUAUAUAUAUUAAAUGGACAAUUAAAGUAGAGGGAAAUGCUUGUAAAUAAAAUAAAAGU